AUGACUCCUAUAACAACACAAACAGCAGCGAGAAUAGCAGCAGCAGCAGCAGCAGCAGCAACAGCAGCAGCAGCAGCAGCAGCAGCAGCAGCAGCAGCAGCACAGCAGCAGCAGCAGCAGCAGCAGAUAAUACAGCAGCAGCAGCAAAUACAACAGCAGCAAAUGCAGCAGCAGCAGCAGCAGCAGCAGAUAAAACAGCAGCAGCACAUAAUACAGCAGCAGCAGCAAAUACAACAGCAGCAAAUGCAGCAGCAAAUGCAGCAGCAGCAGCAAAAUGUACACAAACGACGAUAUAUCUCUGCAGCAGCAACAGCAGCAGCAGCAGCAGCAGCAGCAGCAGCAGCAGCAGCAGCAGCAGCAGCAGCAGCGGCAGUAGCAGCAGGGAAUGUAGCAGCAGGGAAUGUAGCAGCAGCAGCGAUGGCAGUAGCAGCAGCAGCAGCAGCAGGGAAUGUAGCAGCAGCAGCGAUGGCAACAGCAGCAGCAGCAGCAGCAGGAAAUGUAGCAGCAGCAGCGAUGGCAAUAGCAGCAGGAGUUCAAGCAGCAGCAGCAGCAGCUGCUGCUGCUGCUCAUGAGCUAUCAUCAUAG